AUGGACAAUUUGAUGCAGCCAGUUAAAAGAAAAGUUAGUCAACAGAUGAAUGAAGCUCUUUUGGCACCUUUUAGAAAAGAGGAAAUUAAGGAUGCUGUAUUUCAGAUGGGACCACACAAAGCACCAGGACCAGAUGGGUAUGGAGCUUGUUUUUAUCAGAAAUACUGGUCUGUGAUAGGGGAAGAGGCCUCAGGACAAAGGCUCAAUAGAAACAAGAUUUCUUUAUAUUUCAGCAACAACACAGAGCAAGAAACAAAGAAUCAUAUGCUACAAGUUGCUGGUUUGAAAGCCUCAUCAAACAUGGAGAAAUAUUCAGGGUUGCCAUCAAUCAUUGGAAGAUCAAAAUCAGUUGCUUUUCAAGGAAUAAUUGAAAAAGUGAGUAAAAAAAUGGAGAAUUGGAAGGUUAAGUUCCUUUCACAAGCUGGGAAAGAUAUUUUAAUCAAAGCUGUUGUCCAGGCUAUACCUACAUACAGUAUGAAUGUGUUUCUUCUUCCAAGAACUUUGUGUGCCAAGUUGAAUUCAUUGAUUUCUAACUUCUGGUGGGACACUCAGGACAAAGGAGAAAAAAUUCAUUGGAAAGGAUGGAACUAUUUGAGUAAAAAUAAAGCAAGUGGGAGACUUGGUUUUAGAGACUUGAUGUCUUUCAAUUUAGCUCUAUUAGCCAAACAAGUCUGGAGAAUUCUUCAGAAUCCAACUACUUUAGUAGCUCGAAUUCUCAAAGCUAUAUAUUUCCCAAACAAAUCUAUUUUGGAGGCAAAAGUUGGGUUUCAACCUUCUUAUACUUGGAAAAGCCUCAGUUCAGCAAUUAGUCUUGUUAAAGAUGGCAUGAUUUAG